GAGAAUCUCGCCAGUUUGUAAUUCUUACAGAGAUCUCUAGAUCCCAGAGGUAACAUACUUGGAUCUUGGGGUAGAUCGACAGACACUGGUGCCUGUCAUGCUUGGGUCCCUACCUUGACCGACCCCAUAACCUCACCCGCCGCCGGCCGCGACCCUCUCAGCACCGCCUCAUCCUCAUUCUUUUCUUCUCCUCCAACAAAAGAUCGCCAAACAUGUGGAACGCUCGCCUGGGGCUGAGCUCACUGGCUCUCUUCCUCUCGACGACUCAAGCCCUUCGUGUUAGUCCCGGCUCCGAGUGCGCCGCCCUCUGCUCCGAUGGCACAAACACCACCAUCGCCGAGAUCAACACCUCGAGCACAAACUCUUCAGACAUUGCCUGCGAGGACAAGGACUUUUCUUCAUCAGGGACUGGUAUCCGGUUCAAGAACUGCGUCAACUGCCUACAAAGGAGCGAGGCUACAUGGAAGGAGGAGAGCGAUGUCCAUUGGUUCCUGUACAAUGUGCGGUAUGCCUUUGACGUCUGCCUCUAUGGUUAUCCCGAGGCUGUUGAGUCAGGCACAAUCAACUCGCCCUGCAACAUUGACGGAGCAUGUGGUGCUCUCAAGGACGCCCUCGAGGUGUCCCUUGUGAAGCCAACCGACGACAACCGAUUUGAAUUUUGCGAUGCCGACUCGAAAGCCAUCAAGGGAAGCAGCUACAAGGAAUGCAUCAGCUGCUUGAGAUCUACUUCGAGCCAGAAGUACCUAUCCAACUUCCUGGUUGCUCUGAGAGCGGGUUGUGAGCAGCGACCCGAACAGGGUGACGCCAUUGGCCUUAGCGGAACUAUCUUCACUGCUUCAGCUGUCAACAUCACUGAUCCAAACACCAAUGAGACUCUCCCUGGUGAUGGAGGUGCUCCCGUUGGCGCCAUGACUACUGGCACCAUCGUUGGCAUCGCCGUUGGAUGUGGUCUUGGUCUAGCUGGUUUCCUCUGCAUCAUCUGGGUCUACUGCCGCCGGAGUCGACGUGAAGCAGCAGCCAUCAAGAUCGAGACACCAACCCCUGACCACCAGAUGCAUCACCACCGCGGCGCAUACGGAAUCCAAAAAGCUUCCUACUUUAGCCACGGCGCACCUAAACCCCCUGGUGGCCAUGACCGUAGCAUGUCCAACGCACAGUACUACGAUAUGCUUGAGCAGCAGCCGUGGAACAAGCAGGCCAACGUCAACUACCACUACGCACCGCACUCCAAGAGCAACGGACCCAAUGGUGCUCUCCCCACUCAUCCCGCUUACAUGCCUCGCGUUACAAGCAAGACUCCUGAGCCUCAAAUGCCCCCCAACACCCACAGACCCACCAACUCGAGGUCCAAUGCCCCCGACUCGUAUGCUCUCCGUGCAUACCUCAAUGCCGCCGAAGAGUCUGUCGAACGUGAGCGCAUCAGUGAAGCUGCCUCCAGUGGACAUAACUCACGGGCUGAAAGCCGCAAUCCUUCCCCUACUCAACUGGAAAAGGUCCCCGAGCCAGUGGUUAUCCAUGCACCCUCGCCAAAGAAUGCGAAGCAGUCAUCCUUCACCUUCCCCUCCCUCUCCAAGCUUAUUAUCCCCAAGAAGCACUCCCCUCCUCCCCCUGAGGUUAGGCUCCAAGAGCCCACACCUGGAACAGCCUCGAAUGAGCGCAAGCGCGAGCUGAGAAUCUCCAAGCCUCUGGCAGUACUGGAUCCGAGGUUCACUGAUCGUCCACUUGCUGGAGGACCGGUCAUGGCAAACCAGCCACCCACCGGUUUCAGCGAGCAGAGGCAAGCAGUAGGCAACGAUCCUAUGCCUAGCAGCAAUAGCCACAUCUAUGGCUGAUAUUAAAUACAGUAUGAUGGAAUAGAUACCACGUGAAUGAUGGAUAUUUUUUUUUUACUGGACCACCUUGUUUUUCAGCAUGGAGUUAAUCGGUUGGGACAUUUGCAAUGUCUGGAUCAUGGGUUAUGCAUAAAGUAGAUAUCCAAGAGGGCGGAACAGUGCCUGGGAACUUGGAGUACAUUCGUUUUGUAGGUACCUAUAGACAAAGGUAUAGAUAUAUGGAAUCCUAAGUCUAGUCGGU